AUGGCCUGCAUCGAGAAGCUCGCCAUCCGCGGCAUCCGGGCCUUCAGCCCCGAGCGCGAGGAGGCCAUCGAGUUCCAGACGCCGCUGACGAUGAUCGUCGGCGCCAACGGCUGCGGCAAGACCACGGUCAUCGAGUACGGCACGACGGGCUGCGCGCCGCCCGGGUCGAACAGCGGCCGCGCCUUCGUCCACGACCCCAAGGUCUCCGGCGUCACGGAAGUCAAGGCGCAGCUGAAGCUGCGGUUCAAGAACUACGCGGGCCAGCGCAUGGUCGUCGUGCGGUCCAUGCAGCUCACGCAGCGCAAGACGACGGCGACCUUCAAGCAGAUGGACGGCGUCAUCCGCGCCAACGACGCCUCCGGCGAGCGCACGUCCUACACGCACAAGUGCGGCGAGCUCGACAAGACGGUGCCGAUGCUCAUCGGCGUGAGCAAGGCCGUGCUCGAGAGCGUCAUCUUCUGCCACCAGGAGGAGAGCUCCUGGCCGUUGCAGGAGGGCGCCGUGCUCAAGAAGAAGUUCGAUGACAUCUUCGAGUCCGCGCGCUACUCGAAGGCGCUCGACGAGCUCCGGAAGCAGCGUUUGGCGAAGAACGCGCAGGUCAAGGAGCUCGUCGGCGACCUCAAGGGCCUCCAG